AUGAUUUCGGUGCCAAAACGUCAUCAGUCAUUAAAAUUUCAGUACGCAGCUGCCAUCGAAUCCGCUGCAUCACAAGUUGACGUUGGUGCCGAAGCGGGACCUCUUGGCCGGGUCCUUUAUGUUUCCGGUAGCGAAGCGUGCGGACGGUUCGCGACGCGCCAUGUGCGCGUUGUCGUUUCUGAUGCAGCAGUCGAAGUUAGUAGUUUCGACCGUCUUUAG